GUGUAAGUGUUGGUGACAACAAAACUGUGUCGACAGCGAAGCGAAACGGAACCGAAUUGUAAACAAAACCACGCGCGCUCCGUUGACCACUUUAGUAUUCUUUCUGGUGCCUGAUAUAUUUCCCCUGUAAUCAAUGGAACUCCUAUCAGACGAAGGCCUUCGGCUGGACGGACGGCGAGCCAACGAACUGCGCCGCAUUCAGUGCAAAUUGGGAGUUUUCAGCCAGCCGGAUGGCAGCGCUUACAUCGAACAGGGCAACACCAAGGUCCUGGCGGCUGUUUACGGACCCCAUCAGGCCCCGGCCAAGAAGAGCAGCCACGAAGAGGUGAUUGUCAACUGUCAGUACAGUAUGGCAACGUUUUCUACUGGGGAACGGAAACGGCGACCCCGGGGCGAUAGGAAAAGCCAGGAGAUGACCAUCCAUCUGCAGCAAGCGUUGAGUGCGGCCAUCAAGACCGAACUUUAUCCGAAAUCGCAGAUCGAUGUCUACAUAGAAGUCCUGAUGGCGGACGGUGGCAACUAUUGUGCUUCGGUAAACGCCGCUACCCUGGCCCUCAUCGAUGCGGGAAUCUGCUUGAAGGAGUACGUCUGCGCUUGUACAGCUUCACUGGCCGGGAAGAUACCCCUGAUGGAUGUGUCCAACUUGGAGGAAAUGAGCGGAGGACCGACACUGACCGUAGCCUCUCUGCCCAGCAGUGGGAAGAUUGCAUUUAUGGAAAUGUCCCAACGGUUCCAUCUGGACCAUUUGCCCAAGGUGCUGGAAACGGCACUGCAGGGAUGUCGGGAGGUUCAGAAAAUCAUCGAUCAAGCCGUCCGGGAGCACGUGACUCAGUUGGGACAAGCCGGGGAUUGGGGAAGUUUAGCAAAAUAAAAGUCGGUUUUUCAACGGAUUAACAA